AGCUGCCUUUGGAUUAAUUGAUUAGUUGUAAGGAUGCUCGCACAGUUACUAUCUAUGGUUAAAAUGCUCCAACACUUGAUUUGUGCACCGCGGAGGUCCGGCAGUACGCAGCCUCAUGAGCGCACGCACCGCUCCUCGGCCUCCGCAUCCAUCUACAGGAGCACUGAGGAGGAGGAGGCUCCAUUUAAGAGUGGGGACCUCCUUGCAGACAUCCUACAGGGGAACCGAUUGCGAUGGGCCUUUGAAUUGAGAAGUGGAAGACACUUGCGCCACGCUUUCUGGUGAUGCCCACUGCAAUAGCGAAAGCCCUUGUCCUGAUUGGAUAGACGGAUUGUCAGGUGUUAGGAUGCGCUCCCUGAGGAAGACGGUGGUGUUCGGCAUCCUUGUGUCAGUGGUUCUGGUACUGGCUCUCAUGCACACGUGGCCCACCCGGGCCUACACCACAAUAGAGGUCUGGCAGCGACCAGGCCUCCUGCCAGAGAGAAAUCUGGAUGACCGUCUCCUGGAACCUGAUCCCCAGUUGAGCACCAUCCCCUUUCGUGUGCGCGAGAGUGUGGCAGGCUUGUUGGCACACAAUGGAUGCGUUUGUGAGAGCAAAGGGGUGAAUCUUCCCUUCUUCCAAAUCUUAUCGUCACGGGUGUUAGCGCUCCCGCUGCACACGGCCUUCAAGGCCACCGAGCUGGAGGAGGUGAAGAGGAGACGGGACAAGGAGUUCAAGAGUCUCCAGAAAAGGUUACAGACAUCAGCAGAUAUGCUCAUUAUUGCAGAGGCAAACAACCCGUUACAGUAUCCAACACAGGGGGUGGAGGUACGGCCCCUAAAAACAAUCAUCAUCCCAGGAUUGGCGUUACAGGACCUUCCCAAAGACCACCACUCAAUAAAUCUCACUGCCACGCUGGGGACGUUGAACGUUGCCGCGGAGGUGGACGGGGUUAAAAUCCAAGGUGAUGGCGAGAUGUGCAUGACGUUGUCAAGCACCCUCCUGACGAAGCUGAACCGACAGCUGCAGUUUGUCACAUACACGAACACACUGUUCCACCCCAACACAGCAGACACAGUGCGCUUUGAGACAGAGGGCCAUCAAACCAACUUCAUCAUCAAGAUCCGUCACAGUGUAACACCAAAACUGUACAACACAGGACCCGAAGGAGAGCACAACAUCAGUGCUCUGGUUACCAUAGCGACAAAGACGUUCCUGCGCUACGACAAGCUUCAAAACCUCAUCGACAGCGUCAGGAAAUACUAUCCAACCGUCACUAUUGUCAUUGCUGAUGAUAGUCAAAAUCCCCAAACCAUCUCUGGGCCUUACAUUGAACAUUACAUCAUGCCUUUUGGAAAGGGCUGGUUUGCUGGUCGGAACCUGGCCAUUUCGCAGGUGACCACCAAGUAUGUGCUUUGGGUGGAUGAUGACUUCAUCUUCACCAGCAAGACCAAGGUGGAGAAGCUUGUGGAUGUUUUAGAGAGGACCACUUUAGACCUGGUGGGCGGUGCAGUGCGGGAGGCCACAGGGUACACCACCACCUACAGGCAGACCAUAUCCACUGAGCCCGGGGAGGAGGAUGGGGACUGUUUGCACUUGAGGCGAGGGUUCCAUCACGUCAUCCAAGGCUUCCCCAACUGCGUGGUGACUGACGGGGUGGUUAACUUUUUCCUGGCUCGGACUGACAAAGUCCAGCAGGUUGGCUUUGACCCGCGCCUCAACAGGGUAGCUCACCUGGAGUUUUUCAUCGAUGGCCUGGGAUCUGUCCAUGUGGGCUCUUGUGACGACGUCAUUGUCAGUCACGCCAGCAAAAUCAAGUUCCCCUGGGCCAGCCAAUCAGAAAGUGACAAGGCCUACGCCAAGUUUCGUUACCCGCCGGCCUCCUCUGAUGCUUCGCAAAGCAAACUUGGCCUCCUUUUCUUCAAGAACAGAUUUCAGUGUUUGACUCGUGGUGAUUAGUUCACGUUCUCCGUACAUCCUGACUUGCCAAAGAGGACGUGAGUUUGACAAGGAUGCUUUUGCCGUUAUCUUUUUUUAAAUUUGUUUUAGGUGCCAUGGAACGUGUAUUUACCUACACAGUACAAACCAAACAGUAUAAAGAGUCUUUUUGUUUACAAAAACCAAGGUGUGUUUUGGCCAUUUGUGAACUUCAACUCAAAAUCCAGUCCACAUUAUCGUUGUGGCUGGUCAAAGGGGAGGCCUCCCACAAAGUGACAAUUCUGUAAAUACACAGCGCAGAGGGAGGCUCCCUGUCUAUAAGGCCACACGAGGGACACAUUGCAAACAUGUAGCACCUAAUAUUGGGACCGGUUUGGCUUUUAAGUAUUUUGAUUGUUUUGCUAACCUUCAUAAUGCUGAAUUCUUGUUCGAGACAAGUGUCUAAAGGGGGAGAAGCUUUUGUCCAUCAUCACUCCUGCCUGAAAAUGUGGGCAACCUGAUCUGGGAGUGUGUGCGUGUGUGUGUGCUUGCCUGUGUGUGUGUGCGUGCGUGUGUGUGUGUGUGUGUUCAAAUUACCACGGGCCAUCAGAGACAAUUCAGCACACACCUUGAUGAAAUGUACGCAUACACACAAUUGAAAAUUAUUUCGCUCAUGUACACAAGUGCAAUGUUUUUAUGGGUCAUUUUCAUAUAAAUUGGUCAACAACAAAAAAAUUAAUAAAUAAAAACAUUCUAAUUAA